AUCUCGCGCCAUCUCGGUGCUUUAUUUUAAUACAAAUGGCACACAUUUAGGGGUGUGUUUGAGAAAAAUAAAAUAAACUAUUAUAAAUUGUUGGGUUUGUUAGUUGGUCUGCUUAGUAAAGCAAGCAUAAGCUCAGCAUUGCAGAUGGAGCUAGGAUAGCAAGUCUCUGACCACACCAUGGCAACCGAGCAGCUCCUCCCGCAGUGUCAGCGUCGACCGGACAGCGAGGCGCUUCUACUGCUUCUCAUGGCCUCCAUGAUGUGCCCUUCUGCUACCUCUUCAGCGGCGCCGACGACGACAACCCUGGCUCAGCCGCCGGAGCUUACCCUGCUCGCUAGCGCAGCCAAGGAGGGCGCAGUGUGUUUGGAUGGAAGCCCACCAGCAUACCAACUUCAGAGAGGCUCCGACUCCGGUUCCCACAACUGGAUCGUGUAUCUAGAGGGUGGAGGUUGGUGCAGCACUAUAGAGGAUUGUUCCAAGCGCAAAAAGACUGGGCUUGGUUCAUCUAACUUGAUGAAACCGGUGCAGCUGGCUGGGAUUUUCAGCAAUGAUCAGAGACAAAAUUCUGAUUUCUACAACUGGAACAUAGUUUUUGUACGGUAUUGUGAUGGGGCGUCAUUUUCUGGGGAUGCGGAGGGCAAUGAUCAGGAUGGAAGCAAGCUUUUCUUCAGAGGGUUGCGCAUCUUUGAAGCGGUUAUCGACGAUCUUAUGAAGAAAGGACUUGCUAAUGCUAAGCAGGCACUCCUUUCAGGCUGUUCUUCUGGAGGUCUAGCAACACUACUACACUGUGAUGACUUUAGUGCACGGUUUCCCCGAACAGUUUCAGUUAAAUGCUUUUCUGAUGCUGGUUUUUUUCUUGAUAAAAAGGAUAUAUAUGGUGAGAAGUUUAUCUGGUCCAUCUACAAUCGAGUUGUUCACCUUCAGAAUGUUAGCAAAGUUCUUCCCAGGGACUGCCUCGCGAAGCAGGAACCAACUGAUUGUUUCUUUCCUUCUGAGGUUAUUAAGAGCAUCAACACCCCCACUUUUAUUCUCAAUUCUGGAUAUGAUUCUUGGCAAAUAAAAAAUAUUCUUGUACCAGAUGAAUCAUCUCCCUCAACUUCUUGGUUGAGUUGCAAGGCUGACAUCCGAAAAUGCGAUUCCAGACAAAUUAAAGAACUCCAUGGGUUGAGGAAUACAUUAGUUGAUGACUUGAAGGUUGUCGAAGGUAAGGAAGACUGGGGAUUUUUCAUCGAUUCGUGCUUCGCCCACUGCCAAACACCGUUCCGAAUCUCAUGGGAUUCACCCAUCUCUCCUAGGCUUGGAAACAAGACGAUCUCAGAGGCUUUUGGAGAUUGGUACUUUGGCAGAAGCCAAGAAGUAAAACAGAUCGACUGCGAGUAUCCAUGCAACCCUACAUGCAGCCCCCUGCUGCCUUCAUAAUGUAGUUACUCCAGUUAAGGGACUCCACUAAGAUUCUCAUAUCUUAUGAUCCUUAUUUACCUCAUAUACUAGCUAAGUGCCAGCGGCUGCCAUGCGAGAUUCAGAAUUAAACUUUGCACUUUUUUUUGUAUGCUUACAUCAUCAGAUCUGCAACUCACAUAUGAACAUGUGCUUUUAUUCUAGACAAGGAUAUUUAUUUCGGAUGGUAGGAAACUUUGUACCGCAACCAUGCGCACUAGUACAAAAUGGGCCAUCACUGGCAGGACUUCGGUUGCUACCAGAGUUCUGUAAAUUUACAUAGAUGUAAUAUGCAUGUUAUGCCGUUUGCGAUGUUAAUCGGUUUCACUCUGCCCAAAA